CUCUCAUUUAUCCUCAAUUUCCCCAUUUCCUCCUCCUCGUCCUCAAAUUUUCUCAUCAUACCCAAAAUAACUCCUUCUCUCUCCAUUUUUUCAUGGACAAGGUUGAGAGAGAGACUCAGGACUUCAUGAACGUAGAGUCAUUCUCUCAGCUACCCUUCAUCCGCCCAGCCCCUCCACUCAACAAAGAAAAGGGCAUUCGGCUCUUCGGCAUAGAAUUUGGGACCGACACCGCCACUGACGACUCUGAGUCCCUUGAUUACACCAAUGCGUCGGAAGACACAAAAAGGAACAACAUCAACAACAACACCACCGCCAACAACAACAACAAAAAUAAUAACAACGAAAACGGAAGUGAGAGCAGCCGGAGAUUCGAAUGCCAUUACUGCUGCCGAAACUUCCCAACCUCCCAAGCCCUUGGGGGACACCAGAACGCGCACAAGAGAGAGCGCCAGCACGCGAAACGCGAGCACCUCCAGUCGGCCAUGGUGCAUGCCGGAGGCCUAUCUCAUGACGCACACCACGUGUACGGCUUGCUGAACUACACAAGACUUGGCUCCUCAGCUCUUCAUCAUCCAUCAUGGAAUAUUACUAACUCUAGCUCUAGUAUAACUAGUGCUCAUCAUCAUCAGCAGCAUCCUCAUGCUAGGUUUUAUGGAAGCUCUGGUAGUACGUAUGGCACACAAUCUGCUCCAAUAAAUGGGAGCCCCUUGGCCUUGUGGCGGAUCCCAGCCGUUCAAGGUGCUAACCCUAGUUUCAAUCGUGACCGUUCAAUGAAUUUGGUCUCCGGCGGGGAGGAAAUGAUGGUGUCCGGGUUCGGUAGUGGGUCGUCCGGUGGUCAUCAAGGGCGGUACCUGUAUGACUCGUCGAUGGCUAGCGUGCAAGAUCAUGUGAGUUUGGACCUUCAUUUGUAAUAACAUAAUAUAUAUAUAUAGUUAUUUUAAUAAUUGAUUACUUAAUUAAUUACUACUAUUUUUAGAGAAAGA